CAAAAUGCGUGUUCUUUUGCUGUUACUUUUGGGCGUAGUCGCCGCAACAGCUGCAUCCACAAGGAUCAUUGGCGGAAGUAAUGUCGAAAUAAGUCAGUAUCCUUAUGUUGCCGCUCUCUUAUACUCCAGGACAGGAUCCGGCACUUUUUACCAAACAUGUGGUGGCAUUUUAAUCACUAAUAGGUGUAUCCUUUCUGUUGCUCAUUGUUCCUUUGGCCACCCUCCAACCAAAUGGCGUGCCCGAGUGGGUUCAACUAGAAGCAGUACCGGUGGCCGUGUGUACAAUUUCAACAGAAUUACCACUCAUCCCUCGUUUAAUGCAUUUACCCACGAUAAUGAUGUUGCACUUCUCCACACCGGGGUCAACAUAGCUAUUGGCGGUAACAUCCAACUGGCACAAAUUGCUGGUGCAAACUAUAACGUUCUCGACAAUAGCCCCGUGUGGUCGGUUGGAUGGGGACUCGUCAGUUGGGGCGGCCUACCGUCAGAUCAGCUUCGUCAUGUCCAAAUUUGGUCUGUCAACCUGGCAACCUGCAGGCAACGGUACGCUGGAUCCGGACGAAAUGUUACUGAUAACAUGAUGUGCUCGGGCUGGCUGGACAUCGGUGGACGAGAUUCGUGCACCGGUGACGAAGGCGGCCCCCUCGUCCACAACGGGGUCGUCGUCGGAAUGCCAUCCUGGGCGUACAUGUGCGGAACUGCGCGCUACCCUCGCGUCAACACCCGCAUAUCACGAUUCAUAAACUGGAUAUUACAAAACGCUUGAUGCUCAAAGUUU